UUUCCCAGCAUGCUAUGCGAAGACACCAAAGAUGGCGGCUGUGGCCUCGGCUCGCUGGCUGAGGGUCCGCAGCGGGCUUUGCUUACCUCUGACGGGUCGGCGGGUGGGUCCAUGUGGACGGGCAGCCAGAAGCAGAUUUUAUUCUGGAAGUGCAGCUCACCCAGAGGUUGAAGGUGCUAAUGUAACAGGGAUUGAAGAAGUGGUCAUUCCAAAAAAGAAAACUUGGGACAAAGUGGCCGUUCUUCAGGCACUUGCAUCCACAGUACACAGGGAUAGCACAGCUGCCCCUUAUGUGUUUCAAGAUGAUCCUUAUCUCAUACCAACAUCCUCUGUGGAAUCUCAUUCAUUUUUGUUGGCAAAGAAGUCUGGGGAGAAUGCAGCAAAAUUUAUUAUUAAUUCAUACCCAAAAUAUUUUCAGAAGGACAUAGCUGAACCUCAUAUACCGUGUUUAAUGCCCGAGUACUUUGAACCUCAGAUUGAAGAUAUAAGUGAGGCUGCCCUUCAGGAACGAAUCAAACUCAAAAAGGUCAAAGCUUCUGUGGACAUGUUUGAUCAGCUCUUGCAAGCAGGAACCACUGUGUCUCUGGAAACAACUAACAGUCUCUUGGAUUUACUGUGUUACUAUGGUAACCAAGAGCCCUCAGCUAAUUAUAACUUUCAGCAACGCGAACAAUCAGAAGAAUUGGAAGAGGCCACAGAGGCAGAUAAUGAGAAAUCUAAGACGAAGGCGGGUCAUCAUCUCCGAGUUACUUGGAGAGCAAAAAACAAUGCUGAGAGAAUCUUUGCUCUAAUGCCGGAGAAAAACGCACAUUCCUACUGCACAAUGAUCCGGGGAAUGGUGAAGCAUCAAGCUCCUCUGCAGGCAUUAAACUUAUAUACUGAAUUAUUAAACAACAGACUCCGAGCGGAUGUAUACACUUUCAAUUCAUUGAUUGAAGCAACAGCAUUGGUAGUGAAUGAAAAAUUUGAAGAAAGAUGGAAUAAUAUAUUGGACCUGCUGAAACAAAUGGUGACACAGAAUGUGAAACCCAAUCUACAGACCUUUAAUACUAUUCUGAAAUGUCUCCGAAGAUUUUAUGCAUUUGGAAAAUUGCCAGCCUUACAGACACUACGGGAAAUGAAAGCCAUUGGAAUAGAACCCUCACUUGCAACGUAUCACUAUGUUAUUCAGCUGUUUUAUCAACAUGAAAGCCCUUCAAAAGGAUCGUCCCUCAUCAUCUAUGAUAUAAUGAAUGAAAUAAUGGGAAAGAGAUUUUCUCCAAGAGACCCGGAUGAUGAUAUGUUUUUUCAGUCAGCCAUGAGGGUUUGCUCAUCUCUCAGAGAUCUAGAACUUGCUUACCAGGUCCAUGGCCUUUUAAACACUGGAGACAACUGGAAAUUGAUUGGAUCUGAUCAUCGUCGUAAUUUCUAUUACUCCAAAUUCUUUAAUUUGCUUUGCUUCAUGGAACAAAUUGAUGUCACCUUGAAGUGGUACAAGGAUCUGAUACCUUCAGUCUUCUUUCCCCAUUCCCAAACGAUGAUAGACCUUCUCCAAGCAUUAGAUGUGGCCAACCGGCUAGAUAUGGUUCCUCAGAUCUGGAAAGAUAGUAAAGAGUACGGUCACACUUUCCGCAAUGAAUUGAAAGAGGAGAUUCUGAUGCUCAUGGCAAGAGACCAGCACCCACCAGAGCUGCAGGUGGCGUUUGCUGACUGUGCUGCAGAUAUCAAAUCGACUUACGAAAGCCAGGAUGCCAGACAGACUGCUCCCGAGUGGCCUGCCAGCUCUCUGAACUACGUGGCUGUCCUCUUCCUAAGGGCCGGGAGGACCCAGGAAGCCUGGAAAAUGUUGGGGCUUUUCAGGAAGCAUAAUAAGAUCCCUAGGGCUGAGUUGCUGAAUGAGUUUCUGGACAGUGCAAAAGCAUCCAGCAGCCCUGCCCAGGCCAUCGAGCUAGUGAAGCUGGCAAGUGCCUUCAGCUUGCCUGUUUGUGAGGGACUCACCCGGAGAGUAAUGGCUGAGUUCACGCUCACCCAGGAGCAGAGGGAAGCCCUGGGAGAGCUAACUGCAUUGACCAGUGACAGCAGCAGUGACAGUGACAGCGACAGUGACAGCGACAUCAGUGAAGGCAAAUGAAAGUGGGUGAAUCAGGAGCAGCUGUGGCCUAGCACACUGCUGCAGUGGCCCUUGAGAACUGCAGCGUUGACUGAUUUAGGUUAAAUUCCUAGACUAAACUGGCCAUGCACGCACAGAAGCACCACUACCGUUUUCUUUGAACACAUUACGUGGUACAUGGCCCCUCGUUUCCCGUGCAGUGUCUGUCUACUGCUGUCAGUGCACUUUGCCCUCCCCCAUCAUGGACUUCAGCCUCUCUUGGCUGACGCUGUGACACUGGUGCUUCCUCCACCGCAGAGAAAGCGUCUGAAGGAGUCUCCGUACAGUUAUAUCACAGUUGGUCAGUAGUAUCCCAGCCUCAGGGAUGUUUAUGUGGAAAAUUUGCAUCAGAGAAAACUGAUUAAACAACAGUGGCAGGAGUUUGGGCUGCACAGCUGGGAAAAUUAAAGCUGUGAGUAAAUGUUGUAAUUAAGGUA